ACGAAAACUUUUCUGCCGCACAACAUAAAUAAAGUCGCGUGAAAGACGUGGCCAAUCAGAAUUCGCUGGGAAGAAAGAGGUGUCAGAGAGAGAAAAAAUUCCUUCCCAUGAAUCUCGUGCGCCUCAUUUCUUAAGGCCCCUCCUCUCUCUGCCCACCCUUCGCAUCGUCGUUUUCUCCUCCUUUUAAUCCAUUUCCGACUCCUCAUUCCUCUUCCUGCUCAUUACUCUCUGCGUCUUCGCUCCGGAAUCCCUAACUCGGCAUCUCAUGUACUGCUCCUCACUAUCUGAAUCCUGAUUCACUUGCAUCUGCCGCUUCAUACGGCUUUCGGAGUUGGAAGGAACGAGAAGAUCGAUCUACGAUGUCUCGAGCAAUGGUGGAGCUUGAUUUCUUCCGCAAGGAGAAAGAGACUGCCUUCUCCUCCAAGUCUCAGUUCCAAAAGCUUUUCGAUCGCCGCGGUAGCUUCCGAGGCAUUAAUGCCAUUUCGAAGAUUAAUCCGGAGGUUCUGAAGAAUCUGCUCGCGACUGGCUCUGCGACAACUCCCAUUCCGAACAACGGAAAUUCGUCGGAGAAUGGCAACUUGUUAUGUGCGAAGAAGUCUUUGUCGGUGCCGUCCACUCCGAGAGCGGAUUACUGUGUGUUUUCACCUUUACCUGUCUAUAAUCCUCUCCCAAGGCCCGAGGUUGAAGCUCCCUCCGAAACUGCUCAUUUAACGAUUUUCUAUAACGGAACCGUCUCCAUUUUUGAUGUAACCCAGGAGAAGGCGGAGAAUAUCCUGAAAUUUGCGGCUGAAGAAAGCUCCAAAGCUGUUGUUGAAUCAGCAGGUACGAAGCUUGUAGAUGCCGUCUCUUCAACUGACCAACCGCAGCUGCUCGACUCGUUUGAUGGAGAUCUGCCGAUCGCCAGAAGAAAGUCGCUGCAGAGGUUUCUAGCGAAACGCAAGGGAAGGUUGACCUCGGUGGCGCCUUAUCCAGAACACGCGUUUUUGGAGAAGAACAAGCUCGCAGCCACAAGGGAGUUCUUAUUCCAGGCCUAGAUGGAAGAUGGAUGACGGAGAAGACUGGUUCCUUCUUUAAUUUUAUGGACUCGAUGAUUCUGAUAGUUGUCUUUUUUUUUUUAAAAAAAAAAACAAUAAUAAUUUUGUUGAAAUUUCUACACCAACCGUAGGAUUUAGGAGGAGACAGCUAGCUGGCUAGUCAGCUGCUUUGACUCACAUCUUAGUUUGUGGUGUUUGGGACUUAAUUGGCAUUGGUCUUGGGUCUGCUUCCUUGAACUUUCCUAUGGUAACCAGUCCAUAUAUAUGUAUGUAAUUUUAGAACCUUUGUCUUAUGUUCUUAAUAUUAUUUGUAAUUAUUUUAUUUAUUAUUAUAUUUGAGCAAUUGUUUGGGA